UCCAGGCCCAUGGCACUUGCUAAGUACAGACAGCCCGGCUCUCCAGACCGCUUCUGCCUCCCGGCGAGGAUGUUCUACCGGAAAAGAAGCUUCACUUUCGGAGCGUAUGGAGGGGUUGACAAGACCUUUUCCCAGACUAGAAGUACUUGGGAACAGGAUGGACAGAAUCAGCAGGACCCCCACUCUGUAGAGUCACCACUAGCCCAGCCCCACAGCCCACCACCACACUCCGCCCCCCUGUUCCUGAAGACUACGGACUUAUUUAACAUGAUUGCAAGGAUGCAGGGAAGCAGAAUGGACGAGCAGAGGUGCACAUUCCCUCCCCCGCUUAAGACUGAGGAAGACUACAUCCCCUACCCCAGCGUGCAUGAGGUGCUGGCCCGGGAAAGACCUUUCCCACUGAUCCUACUGCCCCAGUUUGGAGGGUAUUGGAUCGAGGGGACCAAUCACGAGUUAGGCAGGGAACUCGACCCGGAGCAGCUGCUGUCUCCGGCUUCCCGAGUCAAGUUGGAGAGCAACACUACAGCCAAGAUAUACAGGAAGCACUUCUUGGGCAAGGAGCACUUUAACUACUAUUCCAUGGACAGCGCCCUCGGACACCUGGUCUUCUCCGUGAAAUAUGAUGUCAUUGGGGACCAGGAGCACCUUCGUCUGCUGCUAAGGACAAAAGCAAAGACAUAUCAUGACGUGAUCCCGAUAUCCUGCCUCACAGAGUUCCCCAACGUUGUCCAGAUGGCCAAGCUUGUGUGUGAGGAAGUGAACGUGGACCGGUUUUACCCUGUUCUCUACCCAAAGGCAUCAAGGCUCAUUGUCACUUUUGAUGAACAUGUCAUCAGCAACAAUUUCAAGUUUGGAGUCAUCUACCAAAAGUUUGGGCAGACUUCAGAGGAGGAGCUGUUUGGUAACAGUGAGGAGAGUCCAGCCUUCAUGGAGUUCCUGGAGUUCCUGGGUCAGAAGAUUGAGCUACAUGAUUUCAAAGGUUUCCGAGGCGGGCUGGAUGUGACCCAUGGGCAGACUGGUACCGAGUCUAUCUACCACAACUUCCACAACAAGGAGAUCAUGUUUCACGUGUCCACCAAACUGCCGUACACAGAGGGAGACUCCCAACAGCUCCAGCGGAAGCGGCACAUCGGGAACGACAUCGUGGCCAUCGUGUUCCAGGAAGAGAGCACACCCUUUGUGCCAGACAUGAUCGCAUCCAACUUCUUGCAUGCCUACGUGGUCGUCCAGGUGGUGAACCCUUGCUCGGAUAAUGUCCUGUACAAGGUGUCUGUGACAGCAAGAGAUGAUGUGCCGUUCUUCGGACCUGCCCUCCCAGAUCCGGCAGUAUUCAGGAAGGGCCCAGAAUUCCACGAGUUCCUCCUCACCAAGCUCAUCAACGCCGAAUACGCUUGCUAUAAGGCCGAGAAGUUUGCCAAACUGGAGGAGCGCACACGGACUGCACUGCUGGAGACACUGUACGAAGAGCUCCACGCCAACAGUCAGGCCAUGAUGGGCCUGGGGGGCGAAGACGAGAAGCUGGAGAAUGGCAGUGCAGGAGGGGGCGGCUUCUUUGAGUCCUUCAAGAGGGUGAUCCGCAGCAGAAGCCAGUCUAUGGACGCCAUGGGCCUCAGUAACAGGAAGCCACACACAGUCUCUACUAGUCACAGUGGCAGCUUUAGCCACAAUGCCCCGGAGACCCAAAAAACCCCAGGGAUAUCAUUGCUUGUCCCGGGGAAAAGUCCCAGUAGAUACGGACGUCGUGGAAGCGCCAUAGGGAUAGGAACUAUAGAAGAGGCGCUGAUCAUUCCGGGGAAGAGCCCCACCAGGAAGAAGUCGGGGCCGUUCAGCUCCCGGAGGAGCAGUGCCAUCGGGAUCGAGAACAUCCAGGAGGUGCAGGAGAGGAGUAGAGAGUGCUCCCCCAGCACACAAAAGACUCCGGACAGUGGGCACGUCUCUCAGGACAUAAAAUCACAGAAUUCAUCCAAUCAAAGCUCUCCAGAGAUGCCCACCAUGAAGAACAGCUCUGCCAUGUGUUGCAGGGCUCCCUCUAUCCCAGAGGGCGAUCUGUCUCGCUCCUCAUCCAAUGCCAGCAGCUUUGCCAGCGUGGUGGAGGAGAAUGAAAACGAGGCCUUGGAGGAGUAUGACACCGGUCUGGAGAGUCUCUCAUCUUCUGGGACCCCACACAAGCGGGACUCCUUCGUCUACAGCUCCUGGGUAGAAGACAGCACCAGCCUCACCAGCCGAGGCAGUACGACAGGUGAGGGCAAUCCAGGGCCUCUCUGGUUCAAGAAGGACUUCCAGAUGAAGGCCAUCCAUGGAGGACUGGGGCAAUCCCAUAAGUAAUGGCAUUCUAGGGAGGUCUGGAUCAGGGCAAUCCAAUAAGUAAUGGCAUUCUAGGGAGGUCUGGAUCAGGGCAAUCUUAUGGGUAAAACCAAUUCAGAAAGGUCUGGAUCAGGACAAUCCUAUAGGUAAAACCAAUUCAGAAAGGUCUGGAUCAGGGCAAUCCUAUAGGUAAAACCAAUUCAGAAAGGUCUGGAUCAGGGCAAUCCUAUAGGUAAAACCAAUUCAGAAAGGUCUGGAUCAGGGCAAUCCUAUAGGUAAAACCAAUUCAUGGAGGUCUGGAUCAGGGCAAUCCUAUAGGUAAAACCAAUUCAUGGAGGUCUGGAUCAGGGCAAUCCUAUAGGUAAAACCAAUUCAUGGAGGUCUGGAUCAGGACAAUCCUAUAGGUAAAACCAAUUCAUGGAGGUCUGGAACAGGGCAAUCCUAUAGGUAAAACCAAUUCAGAAAGGUCUGGAUCAGGGCAGUCCUAUAGGUAAAGGCAAUUCAGCGAGGUCUGGAUCAGGGCAAUCCUAUAGGUAAAACCAAUUCAUGGAGGUCUGGAACAGGGCAAUCCUAUAGGUAAAACCAAUUCAUGGAGGUCUGGAACAGGGCAAUCCUAUAGGUAAAACCAAUUCAUGGAGGUCUGGAACAGGGCAAUCCUAUAGGUAAAACCAAUUCAUGGAGGUCUGGAACAGGGCAAUCCUAUAGGUAAAACCAAUUCAGAAAGGUCUGGAUCAGGGCAGUCCUAUAGGUAAAGGCAAUUCAGGGAGGUCUGGAUCAGGGCAAUCCUAUAGGUAAAACCAAUUCAUGGAGGUCUGGAACAGGGCAAUCCUAUAGGUAAAACCAAUUCAUGGAGGUCUGGAACAGGGCAAUCCUAUAGGUAAAACCAAUUCAUGGAGGUCUGGAACAGGGCAAUCCUAUAGGUAAAACCAAUUCAUGGAGGUCUGGAACAGGGCAAUCCUAUAGGUAAAACCAAUUCAUGGAGGUCUGGAACAGGGCAAUCCUAUAGGUAAAACCAAUUCAUGGAGGUCUGGAACAGGGCAAUCCUAUAGGUAAAACCAAUUCAUGGAGGUCUGGAUCAGGGCAAUCCUAUAGGUAAAACCAAUUCAUGGAGGUCUGGAUCAGGGCAAUCCUAUAGGUAAAACCAAUUCAUGGAGGUCUGGAACAGGGCAAUCCUAUAGGUAAAACCAAUUCAGAAAGGUCUGGAUCAGGGCAAUCCUAUAGGUAAAGGCAAUCCAGGGAGGCCUGGAUCAAGGCAGUUCUACAGUCAAAGGCAAUCCAGGGAGGUCUGGAUCAGAGCAGUCCUCCAUGUAAGGGCAGACCAUUGGUUAAUUGUGUUAUUGUACAAAGACACCUUAAUUCCAGUGAAUCAUUUUCCUCAAUUAGUGUGUCUCCCCAUGACAUGGGGGGGGAUGUAUCCCAUGUCUCCACAGCUGCCUCCCAGCCCCAGACUGCUGACACAUCCCAGACAGAGACCCGCGCCAAGAGCGAGCAGCCGAAGAACAGCAAACCAUUAUCGAACUGCUAGCCCCUCCCACCUGCCCGUGUCAUGGAUGCCCAUCAACAGCUUUCACAUAAGAGACACCCCAUGGAGGAGGCUAGGUGAGGUAUGGGGUUUGCAGGCUCAGAGGACGAGGAGGGCCCAAGCUGGCCGGUGAAGCCGACAAACAUCAGCCGCCUGCAGAGGGGCCCCUGCAGCCAAACGAAGGUCCACCACAUCACCUCAGCUGACCACGUGGACUCGCGAAGACCAUCCCGGCAAUCCGCCCCAUCCCACUACCACGCUUGUGUUCCUCUGACCACACGCCUGCUUGGAGACAAUCUGGGCAAGAGGCAUGGCUACGGUGAAAGGGCAGCUUCCCCGGUGCCCAAGAAAGUCGCAGUCAUGCCUGUUCGCUUUAUCUCCCUCGAAAGUGACAGCCCUACUUCCAAUGAACUGGCUGCAGCAAGUUCCGAUUGGAGGAGAUGUACUCCCCAUGCAUGUAUGCUAGACCGGCCAGGUCAAAACAGUGUGUAUAACAAGAACCAGCAUCUUAAAUUAUUAAAAUCACAUCCGGGUAACUUGGAUGCAACUGGCACCUUGAAUUACUGAAGAAUGUCAUGGUCUUGCUUACAUAAGCUAAUAUGCUGGAUGCUGAAAUUUGAACCUUUCUGACUGAAGCAGGGUGGUGACUUCUAACAGAGCUGUGGCUGCGACGUUCUGAACUGGCAUGAAUAUGCACCUGAAGUAAAUGGCACAGACAGAAGUCUUGGCACCUUCGAUGGGAUUUUCACACUGGAAAGUAUCAGAGCCUACCUGUUUUUAAGGCCUGUCUAUUUCCGAAUUCUCAUACACUGGUCUUUUAAAAGCCUGUAUUGCCUGUUUUGUUUCGUCUUCUUCUUCGUGUUGUCCUAAGCCGACAUCGUGAUUUGCAACCUAGUAUGUCGAUCACCGGUGUGCCAAAGCGGAGAUCGUGUGCGUUUGCUGGACUAGCUCACCGUAUCCACUAGAUGGCAGUGUUUCCACAUCACUAAAUUGCCGUCCUGCUAGUCCUUGAGUUCCGUUAAAAAAAUCGAUGUAUUUGUUUAUUUGCUUGUUUGAGACAAGAUUUGUUUGCAAUAUUACUUAUAAGUGAAUAUUUGAUGUGUGAAAAUACUGAUUUUCGAUUAAUUUAAAAGUGGUUUGAGUGUAAAUGUAACUAAGGCAAAUGAUGUAAACACUUCUAAAAACUUAACGUCAUUUCCAAUACAUCCGACCGUAUUGUAUCUAUAUUGUCUUUUUUAUUACUUUCGAAUCAAAAGAGAUGCCAUUUACGAGCUUAAAUUGUCGUUUAACCUUAAUUGUGAUCUUCUUAAGAACAAUACUGUGAAAUAUGUUGCCUUUCCGAAAUAUUUUUAAAAUAUACAGAUUAAAAGUAACUUAUAAUGGAAGUUAGCAGCUUGACCAAAAUCAACACAGAGCUUAUAACCCCUACGCUGAAUGUAACGCCAUGUUAGACGAGGCCGAUCAGACAUGGUAUCAGCAGUAACAGCGUGGUCUCGUUGCUUUUACUGUUGGACUCGGACUAAUUUAAUGUAUUAAAAUACCGCUUUUCUUUUCUGCUAUUUAAAUCUUAUGGAUAAAUAAAAACAAAUCUUCAGGUAUGACUGCAAUAUUUGCCGUAAUUUGCUCUAUAAAGCAAAUAUGCACCAUUUCGGUUUGUCAAAACUAAUUAAAUAUAUCUUAAAGUAUACCUUACUGUUCAUGGGCUAGGAGGCAUCUCGGGAAGAACUGGAUUUAAAUUGUCUUUCUGCUGGUUUGAUGACAUGAAGGAAGUUUACCGACGCCACUGUCGAAGACUUGGCCUUGCUCGGUCUUCUGGUGUUUCUUAAUUGUAAACUAGAUAUUGUUUAUAAGAGGAAUGCGCCACAAGAAAGUUUAAAUAACCUAAAAUCACCACUAUCCUUUUUAUUCAAGGGAAAACGUCGCGUGGCGCAAUCCCGAGGAGCGCAGAGUGAAAAAAUAAUUCGGCUUGGCGUUAGUGCUCUGGCUGCUGCUGGUAAAAACAAAUUAAUCAAAACAUGUUAAAACAUUUACUGCUUCUACCAAUGUUGUUGAAAAGUAUUUCCAGCACUGCUGAACGAUGGCGAUUGUGGGUAAUUUUAAAAGUCAAAUGAGAUAUCUUGCUCCAAAGUUAUAGCUGUAAACACUGCAGUGUUCUUUUGCAAAUAGAAAAUAAAGAAAUUUAAUGAAGAAUCUA